CUGCCUUGCACUUGCGCGACGCCAACUAGCAACUAAGACGAUAGAAGAAUACGGGGAAAUGACAGCGUGAACAAAUGUGAGCUGCCACCCCACCUAUGGCCGCUGGCGGCUUUAGGUUGUCUACAUAAACCGUGAAAUGUCGGCACCAGGUCGAGACAUCUGCAAGUCCAGUCCAGCGUUUCACUCUCUUCAAAGACACAAUGGCAGACUCCAAGGUCGAAACCAGGGCUCUCGAGGCCAAGUGUCUCUGUGGCUCUGUCCACCUUACGUUUGAUGUUCCGGUAGCAUCUCUGCCUCUCAAGUUUUACCUCUGCCAUUGCAGCGUCUGCCGCUUCUCUACUGGGGGGCCAUGCAACUUUCACGCAAGACUGGGACCAGGGAUAAAGCCCAAUUUCAUAGCCCCUUCAAGUGAGAAGAACCUGACAACCUACUCCAUUGAGGGGUUCGGCUGCACAUAUGACUUCUGCUCAACUUGCGGAUGCCAUAUUGCGGGUGUUGGACUGGACAGAGAGGAGUGGACGCCUGCGACCUCGAUAUUCACAGACCAUGGUCCAGACACGUUUGUGUUACAAGGGCAUUUCUUUAGUGACUCGGCCCUAGAUAAGGGUCUCGCUCAGGCGGUGACACAUGUGGACGGACGCGAGCUGCUAGACUGGAAUCCUCCCAAAGACAGUCCUCGAGCCAAGACUGUUGAACCGAAGCCAGAAGUAGGCCAGGAUGGACAGGAACGGCUGCGGGCUCAGUGUCACUGUGGAGGCGUAUCCUUCACAAUCAAGCGGCCCUCGCCAGAGUUGCUUGCAAACGAAAUGCUUCGCACAUGUAUUUCUCCCAUUGAUCAAAACAAAUGGAUGGCCAGCUAUGAUUGUUGCGACGAUUGCCGCGUCGCAAACGGCACGCAUCUUAUUGGUUGGACUUUUGUGCCUCUGUCAUACUGCGAGCCAGAAAUCAAGAGCGAUCUGAAGAUUGGAACAGCCAAGACGUAUGCUUCAUCGCCAGGCGUGUUGCGAAGCUUCUGUGGCACUUGCGGUGCAACGGUCUUUUAUUCGCAUGAUGAUCGUAAACAUCUAAAACCAGGAGACUGGCACAUUGUUGAUCUUGCAACGGGAAUCCUUCGAGCGCCAGAAGGGUCCAUGACUGAAAACUGGCUAACCUGGAGGUCGCGCUUGGCUUGGGGAGAUAGUGGGAAAAGGUUUGACGCAGCGUUUUUCAACGGGUUGGAGGAGGGCAUGAAGAAGUACGUUAUUGGAAAGGUGGGAAGGGAACUGACAGACAAAAUUGCGUGAUGUUGUAAAGAGUUUGAAAGUGGUAGCGAUGCAUUUUGUUGGAUUGUUAGUUGCAAGCUAUAUACUAUGCUUUAGAUCAGAAUGAAGGCCAUCCGCGAAAAUGCAAGACUAAAAUUAAAUCAAUUUUAUCGCAUGCGAAUUAGCAUUGAGAUAAAAAGUAAUAGAC